UUACUUUUUUAAAGGUAAGUAACGGUCAAUUAAGGUUGCCUGUACUUCAAAACUAUGAAGAAGCUUACUUAUCUUAGAGCUAAAUCCUUUUUUAUCAUUCUAGAAGAGCAUCAAAGACGGUUUGCAGAGUGACGAGAUGGUUAAAGCAGCUGAUGUUUAUUUAAAAAGAAUCAAAAAUAAAAUUGGAGAGCAAAAUUUUAACCAAAUUAUUCCAAGUCAAAGGGAUAGUACCUUAAUGUUUGUUAUGGAUACUACUGGUUCAAUGGGAGAGGAAAUUACUGUUUCCAAGUUAAUCGCGAAAUCUAUCAUUAAUACAACUCGUAAAUUUAAAGAUGAUUACAUCUUGUCACCAUUUAGUGAUCCAGAAACUGGACCAGUUACUUACAAGAGCGAUAAGGAACGUGCUGGAUUUAUUACUGCCAUCUCAAACUUACGUGCUGAAGGUGGAGGAGAUUGUCCCGAACUUGCCUUCAAAGGUAUGCUUAAUGCUUUAGACCAAGGACCUAAAUAUGGAAGCCCCAUGUUUGUGUUUACUGAUGCGACAGCUAAAGAUGACUCAGCUGAAAACAUGGAAGCUUUAAAGUCAGCUGCUGAUAUGAAUUCUGCAACGAUUACUUUCUUCACAAACACUGACUGUGAGAGACAUGGAAAAAUAGGAAAUGACAGUUACAAAGAAAUUGCUUUACACACCUCAGGUCAAAUCUUUCCCCUGGCUAAGGAAGCUACCCUUUCAGAAAUUCAAGGCUAUGUUGCAAGCAGUUUAAGACUAGACACGAAAAUCUCAUCAGCAAGUACUACUAAAUCUAGAUCAAAACGAGCAGCUAAUUACCCUAGCCUCAAAAUCUACAAAUCCUACGAAUUCUCUGUGGACGAUAAAAUUUCAAAGUUAAUUGUUUCUAUACCUACGGACUUAAAAACAGCGCGGAAUGUUGAACUGAAAGAUCCAUAUGGAAGAGCUGUGACCACAUCGGACAUCAUGUCUAAGAUGCGUAUCUUCCAAAUCGAAAAUCCACGUAGUGGUGUAUAUACUGUGGAGAUCCCACCAGAAGCUAAAAAGUAUGAAUACACGGCUGAAGCUGUUUCCAAAGAUGCUAUUGCUUUUGCUUACAACUUUAUGUAUCAAGAAAAUCCAAGAAAAGAAUCUCCCCCAUUCUCAUUGUAUAACCCUAUUACAGGUGUUGAAAACCAAAUGAUUAUUCGCUUGGGUGGUGUACACAGAAUUGAUAUGAACACAAUUCGAGUUAAACUUGUUGACCUCCAUGGUGAAGUUUUGCUGUCCAACUUAAAGCUGUCAGAUUUAGAUGCUGACAAUAGAGUGCUCAGCACGAUGAUGACACCACCAGCAAAAUCAUUCAGAGUUAGAUUAACUGGCAAGUUGAUAAUUGCAUUUAAAACAAACCUGUGGAAAACAGUAAAAAUAAUUUGAAAGCCAUUUGAUUAAGAUAACUUUGUGAGAAAACACCUAAUUACAACCUUAAAUAUUAAGAGAAUUUAUCGGGACAAAAAGUGUAGCAGUCUGUCUUUUUGAUUUUGCACAAUUAGCGCCCCCUGAUAUAUUUAAGAACUGUUGUUGGUUCAAUCCAAGGCAAAGCUCGAAAAACUAUAUUUAAUUAAAAAUCACAACUUUGCAGGUAAAACAAAGACUGGUGCACCCUUUGAACAAAUCUCUCGCGGAGUAUCGAAGGCUUCUAACGUUUUCCUUCAACCAAUUUUUGCCGGGGAGGAGUUUACAGUUUCUUCAGGCCAAAGAAACGUACCUGUUCAAGUUCGAGUUCUUGUUUUUGGCUCAAGUCAAUAUCAACCUUUAGCAUUCACAGCAAAGGCAAGACGUGGAGGCAUCACAAGAACAGCAUCGAAAAGUAUUCGUAAGAUGGGUUUCGUGAACUUGAUCUACAACGCACCAACUGGCAUGAAAGGAAAGACGGAAACCAUUGCAGUCACUGUAACCAACACAAAAACAGGAGAAAUAUCCAGAAACAUCUUCUUAAUUUUGUUGAAAUAAACAACGAACUUUUUACUUUGAGUAACACAUGACCUUUAUUUUUGCCUAAUUUUUGCUUAUGUUGAGUUUGUUUUUUGUCUUUUCAAAUCAAAGCAAUAAAAAACUUAAAUGAAACUGUUGUAUUUAAGACGCCAUAUCCAUGCGUUGACAUCCUCCCAAAAUUUGCCCAAAUUAUUUCGUCAAUGUAGUUUUAUAUUUCACUGGAUAAGUCAGUUCUCCUACAGUUAAGUGUUUUUAAGUGCAUUUUACACUCGGAACAUACAGCUAAUUCAUACAAUAAGGGUUUAACUCUGUAUUAGGACAGGCAUGGUACAUUUAUCAUUGUGUAAAACCACGCUGUAAAUCACCUCCCGUUAUCAUUCAAGAUCUAUUAGAUCUUCAACUACGAAACACGCCAAUUGACGUCAUAGGGAAGUCAUUAUACUGAUAUGCCGUAUGUAACUUUGGACUUAUUAUACUAGAAUAGACGCAAUGUUUGAAUUUCGUCUUCAAGAGCGAAGUUUUUAAAAAGAAUUUUCAACUUUAUUUGGAAGGACAUACCUAUACUGAACUUGCUACCGUGUACUUGUUAAUGGUCGCUGACUGAGUUAGGUUCUUAGCUUAAUUGGUUACUUUCAAAAUCUUAACCUGAACUAAAUUUUAAUG